UGCAAAUGAGGACACGACGCGGAGGAUCCAGCAGCAACCUCCUCACUCUCCCAGCAGCAGCGCAGGAGGAGAGAGAGAGAGAGAGAGAGAGAGUGAGGGAGGACAACAAAGAGGAGAACACACGAUUCAUACCGGCCAGGAUCACGACUCACAUUUCGGCAGCCCAGAAGAAACUCUGAAAUUCUUUGAGCCUCUCGUCACUGUUUCAUUUAGCACUUGGCUCUCUCACCUUCGGCAAGAAAUGGAGGAGCAUUUCGACGAGAGGGACAAAGCUGAGCGGAAAGGCCGUGGCAGCUCGCGGGCGAAUGGGCUGCCCAGUCCCACCCACAGCGCCCACUGCAGCCUGUACCGGACACGGACCCUCAGGGCCCUGAGCUCAGAGAAGAGGGCCAAGAAGGUGCGCUUCUACCGCAACGGUGACCGCUACUUCCAUGGCAUCGUGUACGCCGUGUCCACCGACAGGUUCAGGUCGUUCGACGCCCUGCUGGCUGACCUCACGCGCACGCUGGCCGACAACGUGAACCUGCCCCAAGGGGUCCGGACCAUCUACACCAUUGAUGGAAACAAGAAGAUCACCAGCAUCGAACAGCUGGUGGAGGGAGAGAGUUAUGUGUGUGGAUCUAUCGAGGCCUUCAAAAAGCUCGACUAUACGAAGAACGUUAACCCCAACUGGUCUGUGAAUGUGAAGGCCUCGGUGAGCUCCAGAUGCCCUCCGUCACUGUCCAGCUCCAAAACAGGGCCCAACGAAGCCAGAGAGAACAAAGACUUCAUCAGGCCCAAGCUGGUCACCAUCGUACGCAGCGGGGUGAAGCCGCGCAAGGCCGUGCGCAUCCUGCUCAACAAGAAGACGGCGCACUCCUUCGAGCAGGUCCUCACCGACAUCACGGACGCCAUAAAGCUCGACUCGGGCAUUGUCAAGAGAAUUUACACCCUGGAGGGAAAGCAGGUCACCUGCCUUCAGGACUUCUUCGGCGACGAGGACAUAUUCAUCGCGUGUGGACCUGAGAAGUUCCGCUACCAGGACGACUUCCUUCUGGACGAGAGCGAAUGCAGGUUGAUGAAAUCGUCCUCCUAUGGGAAAAGUCUUCUGAGCAGAGGAUCUCCCAGGAGUGUGACGCUGGCCAGACGCAGCAAGUCUCCCACUGGAUCAGUAAACGGGACCCCAGCCAGCCAGCUGUCCACGCCCCACUCCAUGAAGUCACCCAGCCCCUCCCCUACCAGUCCAGGGAGUCUCAAGAAGCGCAAGGGUUCAGAACAGGGCGGCUCCUCCGUCUCGCUGGCCUCCACCAAGGUGUGCAGCCUGGAUGAGGGUGAAGGGCCCGUCGGCGAUGCUGAGCCCGUAGAGGAGAGCACAGCCCCUGCAGUCCCAGCCUCCAUCUCUGACCGCUACAGGGUGGGCCGUAUGAUCGGCGAUGGCAACUUUGCAGUAGUGCACGAGUGCGUAGAACGCUCCACGGGCCGGGCGUACGCCCUAAAGAUCAUCAACAAGGGCAAAUGCAGAGGGAAGGAGCAAAUGAUCCAGAACGAGGUGGCUAUCCUGCGGAGAGUCAAGCACCCUAACAUUGUCCUGCUGAUUGAGGAAAUGGACACCUACAGUGAGCUCUACCUGGUCAUGGAGCUGGUCAAGGGGGGCGACCUCUUCGAUGCUAUUACCUCGGCUACCAGAUACACAGAGAGGGAUGCCAGCGGCAUGCUCUAUAACCUGGCCAACGCCAUUAAAUAUCUACAUAGCCUUAACAUCGUCCACAGAGACAUCAAGCCAGAGAACCUUUUGGUGUAUGAGCAUCAGGACGGAAGCAAGUCUCUAAAGCUGGGAGACUUUGGCUUGGCAACAGUGGUGGACGGACCGCUGUACACUGUCUGUGGAACACCCACAUAUGUAGCACCUGAAAUCAUUGCAGAGACUGGUUAUGGCCUUAAAGUGGAUAUUUGGGCAGCCGGAGUCAUCACGUACAUCCUACUGUGUGGAUUCCCACCAUUUCGCGGGAGCACGGAGGACCAGGAGGCUCUGUUUGACCAGAUUCUGCUCGGUCAGUUAGAAUUCCCUCUCCCAUACUGGGACAAUGUGUCAGACUCAGCAAAGGAGCUGAUCACAUCCAUGCUGCAGGUGGAAGUGGAUCAGAGAUACACAGCUUUGCAAGUGCUGGAACAUCCCUGGGUCACUAAUGACGGCCUGUCGGAGAAUGAGCACCAGCUGUCAGUAGCAGGAAAGAUCAAGAAGCACUUUAACACUGGCCCCAAGCCCAGCUGCACCACGCCGGGAGUGAAUGUCAUCACGCUCGACCAUGACUUCUGCAUCCAGAGAUCAGGGUCGUUGGACUUCUACCAGCAUCCGGGCAUGUACUGGAUAAGACCACCGCUCUUGAUAAGGCGAGGCCGGUUUUCGGACGAGGAUGCCACCCGAAUGUGAGCGCGGCGCCACGGAUUACCCAGCCAUCCUGUAGCCUCCCCACCCUGUUCCCGGCCCCCAGCCUCUGCUCCGCUCUCCAGCUGUUCCCUCCUUUACCCCGGCUGCUGCCCUGCACUCUCCCCAGCCCCGGCCACCUCCACGCCUGAGUCUGAAGACUUUUCUGCCUGCUCCACUCAGACUGUCCGCUCCCCCAGCUCCCACGUCCAGAGCCGGUGGGAAAGGGACGCAGAAGGAGAAAAGAAGGGUUUAUGAGGAUUCAGAACGCGGCAGAGUGGAAGGACAGGACUGAAGCUGUUCUGUAAUUGAAGCGCGACGGUGUAGGUGUCGUCUCCCACCUGCAAAACGUGAACAUAGUUUGUCAGGACUGGGGGGAAUCCUUUGAAUUAUUUCACUCCAUUGUAAUAGUUUUCUUAUUUAUUUAUACACAUUGUAUGCAUUUUUAUUAAUUAACUUUAGACAGAGGUUUUUUUCCGUUGAUGGAAGCCUUCCUCAGGCUCCUCCACCUUGAUUUUAUUUAUCUCCGGGUCCAGUCUUGGUGAAUGUUCCAGCCAGUUUUGUGGAUGGAGCAGCUAAUUGGCAGGUAGUUGAUUAUCGAUUAGCUAGUCGUUUUCAAUUUGUGCUUGCUUGAAGCAGCUGCAGUCCGCUUCUUUUGUGCAGAGGCAUCUGAUCUGAAAGUGCAGUCCAGAAAACUGAGAGCCUUUCGUGUCGGCCGCGUGAAAACCUCUCUGAGCCCCCUCGCAAUAAAUGCCCCCUCAUCGUUUCAGUGGUAAGCUCCCUCUCUCAGCACUUUGCUCUCCUUCCCACUCAAACUGCAGCUGAAGGUGCUAUCUGGCACAGAGAGCAUACUCACGCAUAAGAUGGGGACCGUUUUUUUUGUAAUCAGUGUAAAUAAUAUGAUUUCAAUUAUUUUGAUAUUGACAAUAUAUUUCUUUAACUUAACUAGAGAACAUAGCAAUCGCAUACGUCAUUGUUCAGCUGUAUGUAAGUGUAAGGAGCAUAAGCACAAAGGCAGUGACGUUGUGGGAAAGAUUUCUUUGACUGAGCUUGUGUCCAAGAAAUCAGCGGAUUACAGUGUGUGACGGGUUGUGUGCGAGAGAUCCGUAAGACAAUGCAGUGCUCAGACGCUCCACUGUACAGUGGAGAGUUUCAGACUGAAAUUCAGGGUUUGAAUUGAGACCUCACUGAUGAAGUGUAGCAGGGACUAGUGCCCCAAUGAUAUCAGUUAACCCUUACAAAAUUGGCUGCUAUUACAGCUUCCACAAACUUGUCAGUAUCAGCAAAAAUCUUGCAGUCAGAACACCGAAACAUAGAAAUGUGUAACAUUGAGGAUAAUUUUAGCGUAAGCUUCACAGAACCUUUCAGUGACAGUUGCUGAAAAAUAAUACCAACAUAAUAGAUAGGGAUUCUGGAAAACUCUGCCUUGGGGCUGCAUUAUUUGUAAAUUAAAGACGAUGAGUUUCUGCUGUUUAUUUGAGUUUAAGAAAUUCGAUAGUUGCUAAUGACUGACAGUUUCAUCAUAUAACAUUUUAUUGGCUGAUAACAGUUAUCAGAUUUUUUAGUUCCUCAAAACCAGUAACUGUAUAAGUGACAGGUUUCAUGUCGCUUGGGCCCUAGUAGGGACAGACGUAAUGCACCUCUCGACGCUCCUGCUUACUCUCAUCGUGAGGUAGUGGGUUGUUCACAAUGCAAUACCAUUAUAACAUCACUGUUUAUUCCAGUAUUCACAUAUUUCAAAACUGUACCACAAACUGAUUUCUUUUUCGAUUGAUUAGAAUCUCAGAGACUUUGGAAAAUGGAAGGUGAAGACUGCAAGUGCUAUGAACCACAGACGAAUGCUACAGUGACUUAAACAGAUGAGCAACGGUCAAUGAACGUAUUAAAUGCGUAUGUUUAUCUGCAAAUAUUUAACCUGCAUUUGCUCCAGAACUGACAGUGACACAGCUUUAAGGAUUCACCCUAACUGCUUCUGCUCAUUCAACAUACUAAAAAAAAACAAAACUACCAAACCAAGUUUUGUGGACUUCCACAGGCAUUGCUAGACCGGUUUCACUUGUAUUUACAUAAUUUGCACCACUAUUAUCUGCCAUGAUGCAUAUUACCCGGCAUUAUGGAAAUCAACUUUAUUGUGUGCCUGGUUUGGGCCAACUGUCACACCGAAGCAAAUAAAGUCUUGUAAAAUAAUCA